AUGUUCACCUUCUUCAUUUUGCUCCUUGGCAUCGGCCAGAAUCAUGCAGCCAGCUUGAUUCAAAACUUCACUGGAUCUCUGGAUGGGAUGGGGGUCUGUCAUUGUUCUGUUGUCCUCCCAGACUCUACCUUUCCUGCAGAUCGUUUUGAGAUGCUGGAGAUGUCCAACCAGAACAUGACCAUCACUGUUGAACAGCAAAUCACUAAGAUCCACCACUAUGAGAGUACACUGAAUAGUUACACUGAGCGUCUGGCUAACCUGACCAAACGUGUGGAGGAGAUGGAGACUGGAGGUCUCUCAUACACUGAGCUGGAGUUUGAGCUGGUGAAGUUGGAGAUCAGAGAAAUGGAGACUUUGAUACUGCAGCUGAAAUCUUCAAUGGACGGUACUAAUGUUCUAGUGGAAGCUUUGUACCUAGAGAUCCGCAACAUUUCCAUCAUGGUGAGCCAGCUGGAGGUCUACGACAAGAAUAAUGUCAUGGUAAUCAGAAGAGAAAUUGCAGCACUGAAGAAACGCCUUGAAGAUUGUGAAAAGAACCAGACAACAAAGCCAACACCUUACCCUCCAGUUCCUCCAAUGUAUAAUGGUACCUGUCAACAUGGAUCGAUUAGUGGUAUCAGUAAACCAUUUGUAGUGCAACUGAACUAUCUAGGAUCCAGCUACAGAUAUGGAGGAUGGGGAAGAGAUUCACUAGCAGGAGCUGAUCAGGAUGUUCACUGGGUGGCUCCUCUUAGUACAAAUGCACGGGCAAUGCACACUUUACGUACCUACAUUACAUACAGCGAUCUUCUGAUCUAUAAAUAUUCCCUUGAUAGAAGCUUCCCAAAUGGAAAUUAUGGACAAGGUGGUGGAAUGAUCAUGUUUAAUAAAACAAUAUACUUUAAUUGCUACAACAGUAGAAGCAUAUGCAGGUACAAUCAACAGACCAAUAAAGUGGAACUCUCAGUAACUCUCCCUAAUGCUGCUUACAACAAUCAGUUCUCCUACUCAUCCUCAGCGUACCAAGACAUUGACAUGGCCGGUGAUGAAGAAGACCUAUGGGCAAUUUAUUCAACUGUAGAAAAUGCUGGAAACAUUGUUAUCAGUAAAAUAGAUCCAAUAUCUCUUGCAGUAAAACAGACCUGGACCACUGGCCAGUACAAGCCAGCAGUCACCAACGCAUUCAUGGUGUGUGGUGUCUUGUACGCUACUAGAGCUAUCAGCACCACACAAGAAGAGAUAUUUUACAUGUAUGAUACCAAAACUGAGAAGGAAGGGUAUUUUAGUAUUCCCUUGGAAAAACCAAUGGAUAUUGUGCAGAGUUUGUCCUAUAAUCCCAAUGAUCAUAAGCUCUACAUGUACAAUGAUGGCUACUUAGUCAACUAUGCCCUCACUUUUAAAAAUCCUCAGGAAGAUAAAACUGAAAUAUAA